UACGCUGGUGGCCCGGGCUGGCGGGCCCCUCGGUGCCACUUCCGGCGGCGCGAGACAUGGCCGCGGGCCGAGACCGCGGGGACUUGGCUCCCCGGCAACUCGUGUUCCUACUUCCAGAAUAUUUAAAAGAUGCCUCGAAGAAGAUGAAGAGUGGUCUCCUGUUUGUAAAACUGGCCAACCCGCGCUCAGGGGACGGAGCCAUUUACUUAUUUGAUAUGUGUCUUCAGCAGCUGUUUGAAAUAAAAGUUUUCAAGGAAAAACACCAUUCAUGGUUUAUAAAUCAAUCAGUUCAAUCAGGGGGGCUUCUCCACUUUGCAACACCCAUGGAUCCUCUGUUUCUGCUCCUUCACUACCUCAUAAAGGCUGGCAAAGAGGGAAAGUAUCAGCCCUUGGAUCAGGUGGUAGUGGACGACCUGUUUCCAGAUUGCGUCUUGUUGCUGAGAUUUCCUGAGCUUGAGAAGUCACUUCGGCAUGUGACAGAGGAGAAAGAAGUAAACAGCAAGAAGUACUACAAGUAUAGCACAGAGAAGACCCUGAAGUGGCUGGUGAAAAAGGUCAGCCAAACUGUGGCAGCAUUGAAAGCCAAUAAUGUCAAUGUUGGAGCCCGGGUACAGUCAUCUGCAUAUUUCUCUGGUGAUCAGGUUUCCAAGGACAAGGAAGAGGAUUACGUUCGCUAUGCCCAUGGUCUGAUCUCUGAUUACAUCCCUAAAGAAUUAAGUGAUGACUUAUCUAAGUCCUUGAAGCUUCCAGAACCUCCAUCUUCAAUUCCAAACCCUCCAUCAAAGAAACUAAAGGUAUCAGAUGAACCUGUAGAAGCAAAAGAAGAUUACACUAAGUUUAACACUAAAGACUUGAAGACUGGCAAGAUGCCAACACAAAGACGAAAAGGGGGCAAAUGACAAGUGAUACAGCCCUGUGCAAGCCUUAGCUGCUUCCUGUGCAACUUCAGAUGCUACAAAGAGCUAAGAUGUUUACUGCACCUUCAGGAAAACCACCAGGCACCCGAGGUGUCUGUGCAGGGACCAGUGGUGAAUGCAGUGUUCCUUAGAUCAGCCACGGCCAUUUCUCCUGGGACAUCUCGGCAAGGUGUUCUAUGCUGGAGUUCAAGCUACCCCAGAGUGUGGAUCUGAGGAGGGCCACUACCUCACCCUCCACCCCAGCGCAGUCGGCAGAAGAGUUCAUAUCUUCCCAGGCUAGUGCCUGAGAUUUCAAAAUGUCCAGAGGAGGCUUCCUGUGAAAAGUUAUUCCUCCUGCCUGGCUUGGCUGACUUCCCACUUUUGAGAGCACCUGCGUGGUUGAUAUAAGCACAUGUGUUCACACUACAGACUCUGGCGAACCAAGUUUCGACCUUUUAAAUACUUCUUUACUUCUUACCAGCUUGGCAGCUUCUAAUGCAAUAAUGAUGCUCACAUAUGUGCAUUUUACAAUUUCUUAGAGUUAUAAUCAUGGCUUCUUUUUCAAAGAUUUGUCCAGUGUGAGUGUUAUUGUUAGAACCAGGAAAGAAAGGGAGAG